UGACGCCAUCACCUUUGACCCGCUGGCACUUUUCCUGCCGGCACCGCCCGCAUCCUGCUGGGGGCGGGGCUGCUCCCCCUGCCGCACCUUAUACCUGGGCCAGGAGCAGGGACGUCCACGCGUCGCCACGUCGCGGUGGAGGGGAGGGGGAGCCCCCGCCUAAUCCCGCUCUUCUCCCACCCUGUGCCAGGUCCUCCGAUGCCCGCGCCACCCUGCCAGCACCGGGAAUGGAGUGAGCCCAUGAGCCCACUGCGCAUCAGCGUGGGAGGCCUCCCUGUCCUCGCCUCCAUGACCAAGGGCGCCGACCCACGGUUCCGCCCGCGCUGGCGUGCCAUCGUGCUGUCCUCAGCCGGCGUGGGCCUGGUGCUGCUGCUGCUGUGCCUGCACCGGCCCCCUGCGGCCCGGCUGGCCCCUGGCGGCACGCGUGGCUGGCGGGGUGGCGCGCGGGCCUCAGGGGGCAUCUACAACGACACCUACCCGCUGUCCCCGCCGCAGCGCAACACCGAGGGCGUGCGCUAUCGCGUCGGCAUCAUCGCUGACCUGGACACGCAGUCGCGGGGCACGCGGGACCACACCUGGUUCAGCUACCUGAAGAAGGGUUACCUGGUGCUGUCAGCCAGUGGGGACCGCGUGGCCGUGGAGUGGGACACCGAGGACUGUGUGCUGGAGUCGCACCUGGCUGAGAAGGGCCGCGGCAUGGAGCUCUCCGACCUGGUCGUCUUUAAUGGCAAGCUGUAUGCCGUGGACGACCGCACUGGCGUGGUCUACCAGGUCGAGGGCACCAAGGUGGUGCCCUGGGUGAUCCUCUCGGACGGGGACGGCACUGUGGGCAAAGGCUUCAAGGCGGAGUGGCUGGCAGUGAAAGACGAGCACCUGUACGUGGGCGGCCUGGGCAAGGAGUGGACCACAACCACUGGGGAGGUGGUGAACGAGAACCCCGAGUGGGUGAAGGUGGUUGGCUACAAGGGGGACGUGGACCACGAGAACUGGGUCUCCAACUACAAUGCACUGCGGGCAGCCGUGGGCAUCAGGCCUCCAGGCUACCUGAUCCACGAGUCAGCCUCUUGGAGCGACACGCUGCAGCGCUGGUUCUUCCUGCCACGCCGAGCCAGCCACGAGCACUACGACGAGAAGGAGGACGAGCACCGCGGCACCAACUUGCUGCUCAGCGCCACGCAGGACUUCGGGGACGUGGCCCUGCGACACAUCGGCGAUGUGGUGCCCACCCAUGGCUUCUCCGCCUUCAAGUUCAUCCCCGACACCGACGACCAGAUCAUCGUGGCCCUCAAGUCAGAGGAGGACCAGGGCAAGGUGGCCACCUACAUCCUGGCCUUCACGCUGGACGGGCGCCUGCUCCUGCCCGAGACUCACAUUGGGGACGUGAAAUACGAGGGCAUCGAGUUUAUAUAGCAGGGACUUGCAACGGGACAUGGGGCUGGGGCCGGAGCUCUGCUCUUGGGCUCAGCAGGUCUAAGCCACUGGAGAGGCGCCGGACCAGCUCCCGGCAUGCGGCUGGCCGGUGGCCCCAGGCUGGACCCGGGCGCCGCCUGGCACAGGUUGGCACAUCGGGUAAAAGAGCCUGGCUGCA